AAUAUGUUCCCAUUUUUGGUUUGACAGUUUGUGAAUUAUUUUUUAUAAAUAAUGGCAACUCUAGUGCACAGCUGCUUAGUUUAUUCAUAUGGAAAAAAAUUUUCUCGCAUUAAAUCAAACAAAAUUUGAGUAAAACUACUAAAAUUUCGCUGGGUGCUGUAAAAACUACUUUUCAAAAUAUAUCGAAGAUCAACUAAAACAUUAAAUGCAUAUUUGAACGAUUUAUUAAUAAUAAAACAAGCUGUAGUCGACAGCAGAAAUAUAAAGUGACGAACAAUAGGAAAAUCAAAGUCCAAAAAAUUAUUUGGAUUAACAAAAUUGCUGGUUAAAUUUUUAAAUAUAGAAGCGAAGCAACGUCUUUAUUUAGAUACAAAUUCAAGCAAUGACAGAACAUGAGGCAUUGCUUCAACAAAGUUGUAGUAUGUCUUCGACGUAUAUGACUCCACAAGAGGAGGCAUUACAAACACUUUGCAAAAAAUUGUUGAAAUCAAGAUUUUUUCGCGGCUACUAUGAGGAACGUCGUUUCGUGGAUUCUGUAGCGGGCUACAGGGAUAUAAUUGGUUUACAUCGUGGUGAACGUGAACUGGAGCUUUUAUUGCUGGACAUUAGAAGUAAAUUGAAGAUUUUCUACCAACAUUCACCACAGGUAUGGAUUGGCGUAACGCACGGUGCUUUUAUGGGAAUAACACCUAAAAAGAAUACACUCGAUACACAUAUAUGGGUACAACUGCAAGAAGUUGCAUUUGGCGAGUAUUGGUUCAGUAUAAAAAGCAUACGCUUUCGAACGAAUGAAGUGAUAUUAAAGGUAAAUGUUGUGCGCAGUGUAGAAGCUGAGUCGCGAUUUGAAAGAAGUCAAAUAUCAACGACUGCGCCAAUGAACGUUAAAGAUACUUCAAAAUCGGCGUUAAAAACAAAAGAUUCAGUGAAUAGAUUUAAAAAUGCACCACAACUUACCGAGGACAUGGUGAAUGGACCUACAGUGAUACAACCAGAAGUGCUACAAAUCGGUUACGAAGACUUUGUUAAUAUUGUACGCGACUGGGGUAAAACAAUAAAGCACUCAGUUUAUGAUUUUAUGUCAAAUGAUGUAAACAAAGAUAAUGUAAAGGACUUCCUUAAAUUUCUGGGCUUAGUUGUGAUCUCCCUGCUGACCGGCUGCGUUGUAGCUAUUAAGUACUUGGGUACUUUUACACUGCGUUUUAUGUUUGAAUUUACCCGCUUUACGCACGUAAUGACACCAAUUAUACUAAAGGUAAUUGAUACAAUAAAUAAAAUUGUUGGUGGAUUUUAUAUAUUGCUAGCAAUGAUUUGGAAGGAUGCAUUUAUGAAAAGAAAAAUGACACCCAUACAACAACUGCAAGAUUUUAAUGCACAACCGCCCAGAGAAUUAAAAGCUAUAGAAUAUAAUCGACAACAAUACACAAGUAAUUUUGAAUAUAAUAUACGUCAUAAUUCAUUACAACCGCCUGUGAUGCGCACUAGUAUGGGUCCCUUUACAGAGUUUGAACGAAAAUUUCAAUAAGGUGAUAUUUUGCUGGUGAAUUUUAGAACAACUUUAUCCAUGAAUCUGAUUGUUAGAUAUACUAUUUAUUACAAAAUUGAUUGCCUGAUAAUAUAUUGUUUCAUAAUUUUACGAAAAAGUAACGCAUUCCUUAUAAUGUAUGUAAAUACAAUACACCCAUACGAAAACGGUAAAGCAAUAUAAAAUUUGCUAAGAGAAUUAACUAUAAUUUCAAAGCAAAUGUUAUAUAUUUAUUAUUAAACUACUGGCAACAUGUGUAUUAAGUAUAAACGGGAUAAAAUUAUUGAAUGUCACUGAUAGCAAAUUAUUUUAAGGUGCUUGUGCUGAAAUGAGCGAUAGGUGAACUAAAGUUGAAUAACGUCAUUCAAAUGCAAUCACAAUGGCAAAUAAUUUAGACAAGCUAAAGAAAGGGUUUUAUUUGUUUUAGACAAAUAACUGAAUUACAAUUCUUUGCUUCUAUUAUUUUUUAAUAUGAAUUAUAAUUAUUAAACUUUAGUUAGCCUAACGUUCGUUUUGGUGCAAUUUAUUAUAUUAGAGAUAUACAAUUUAUAAUUAUGUGACGAUUAAAGAAGAAAUUAAUUGUGAAUUACUUUGAAAAUGUAAUAAAAAUAUAUACGAUUACAAAUAAAAAGCAACAAUUGUAAAUAUAAAAUAGUUUAAGACUUAUUUAAAAAGAUGUGGACUCCAUGAAAGUAUGUACAUCAAACGAAUUUAGAUUAUUGUAAGUACUUACUACUACUCACCGAGCCAAACAACAUUGGAUCGUUGUUAUUUCGUCGAUCUAACCCUGUUUGGAUUCUUGUAAUGUACUAUGACGGCCUAUUCCGCACUUUAAAUUAAUAUUUAAAUUCUAAUUUUACAUGUGUAAUGUAAUAAUAAUUUGUAAUUUAAAAGUUCUUAAAAUGGAACAGGUAUUUUUAAAGUUUAUUGGUUUAUUUAUUUAAAAUUUUAACAAUAAAUGCAUUUGAACAUAAAGUUUUAACCAUAA